AUGGGAAGACCUCCUUGCUGUGACAAAGAUGGGAUCAAGAAAGGUCCAUGGACCCCUGAGGAGGACAUCAUCCUGGUGUCUUAUAUUCAAGAACAUGGUCCAGGAAAUUGGAGAUCAGUUCCAACCAACACUGGGUUGUUAAGGUGCAGCAAAAGUUGCAGGCUUAGAUGGACUAACUACCUCAGACCAGGAAUUAAGCGAGGCAACUUCACACCCCAUGAAGAAGGGAUGAUAGUUCACUUGCAAGCUUUAUUGGGUAACAAAUGGGCAGCUAUAGCUUCAUAUCUUCCCCAGAGGACAGAUAAUGAUAUAAAGAACUACUGGAACACCCACCUGAAGAAGAAACUAAAGAAGUUCCAGUCAGCUUGGGACCCUAUGGCACAAGACUCAACAAGCAGUCAAUUUAUCUCAAAAAGUUUCAAUGAUAGAAAGAGCUUAGAUAAUUUCACCACCAAUUCCUCAUCAGCCCUCAGGCCUAAUCAGGCCUCCACAUAUGCAUCAAGUACCGAAAACAUUUCUCGUCUUCUUGAAGGUUGGAUGAGAUCAUCUUCAAAGCCGAAUAGUUCGAAUUUUCUUCUCAAAGAAAAUCGGGAGCAAGAAAAUAACAGCCAGGAAAAUAAUGAUCAUGACAUUGCCAAUUCAGUGGCUAUAAAUUCUCUUCAAUCUUACAAGGAAAAACCUGAGCAAGAACGUGGUGAUCUAAUCUCUCAUGAAGAGUUUGAGUCCAUUUUAUCACUCGAGAGCUUGCAUAAUGUUGCAUGGGACAAGUCCUGUUGUUAUUCUGGUACUGUUACUACCACCACUACUACGAAAGGUUUCCAUAACUCUGCAAGUGAUGAGAAGGAAAAUAUGACAAUGAUCGAGAGGAAUCAGAAAUCUGAGAGUACCCCUCCCUUAUCAUUUCUUGAGAAAUGUCUCUGGGAUGAAAAUGGUGCUGGUCAAGUGGAAGAAAUUAUGGAACUCUCUCCUAUAUUCUGA